GAGUGGACGCAGAAGCCAGGAAGAAACGCCGCGAUUGCAUUCUGUUAAUGUACCAAAAUGUCUUCUUUUAGAAAAGCAUUGAAAUCACAACAACGAAACCACCGAGAGAGAUCUCAGCCUGGUUUCAGAAAACAUUUGGGACUUUUGGAGAAGAAAAAGGACUACAAACUUCGAGCAGAUGACUACCACAAGAAGCAGAACACCCUGGCGGCCUUGCGCAAGAAGGCCUUGGACAAGAACCCAGAUGAGUUCUACUACAAGAUGAUCAGCUCACAGCUGCAGGAUGGAGUGCACAUGAAAAAGGAGAAGGCGGAGGAGGUGACAGAGGAGCAGCGCAAGGUGAUGAGGACCCAGGACAUCAAGUAUGUGGAGAUGAAGAGGGUGUCUGAGGCCAAGAAAAUUGAAAGGCUAAAGUCAGAGCUUCACCUGCUGGAUGCGGAGGGGAAGCAGAAGAACAAGCACACCUUUUUCGUAGACACCAAGAAAGAAGUGGACGAGUUUGACCUCUCAACCCAUCUGAACACGGCACCGGAGCUGGUGGACCGGGUCUACAACCGCCCCACCCUGGAGACCCUGGAGAGAUGCGGCAUUCAGGGCUCCACUGACGACUCCACGCUGCAGAAACUGGCUAGACAGAGGAAGCACCAGUAUAAGAUGCUGUCGCAGCGCAUUGAGAGGGAAAAGAAGAUGUUUGUCAUUGGGCAAAAGAUCCAGACACGUAAAGACCUGGCAGACAAGACCAAGAAGGUGAAGGUGAGCAAAGAGACGCCCAAUACGCCGGCCAUCUACAGGUUCGAGGCCAAGAGGAAGCGCUGAUCUGCAGGACCGUGGCUACUUUCUGCCCCAAACACUGACCCAGGAUCAGUGUACCAGCACAUCAUCCAGUCAUUGAGUGAAGAAAGAAAAACUGCAGUUUGAUCCCGGGUCUCUGCUUGGCAGAAUGUAUCUGUACCAGCCUUCCUGGGGCGCAGAACGGGCUUUGUGACUGUAGACCACUGCGGAUGGUUCACUGUCUCUCAGUGGGCAGCGAGGAUCUCGCUCGACUUUCGUUCAUCAGAGGUGUUGAUUGUGUAUCAGGACUUCCUGUUCCGCCUGUUAUUAAGACUG